GACUCAAUUCUAUGGGACGAUUCACAACCAUCCUAUAGGACUACAAUUCUAUGGGACGAUUCACAACCAUCCUAUAGGACUACAAUUCUAUGGGACGAUUCACAACCAUCCUAUAAGACUCAAUCCUUGGGACGAUUCACAACCAUCCUAUAG